GACUGUUUAGGUUGUGGAAGGUAGACGAUGGCGAUGUUUCGGAGUUUGGUCUCCGGGAAUCAGACAAAACAAGCAGCGGCAUCGGGGGAAAACUUGGCGGAUUCGUACAGCUGCCCGAUCUGCCUGGAGGUGUACUACAAACCGGUGUCAAUAGCAAGCUGCGGACAUGCGUUCUGUGGAGAAUGUUUGCAACCCUGCCUACAAGUUGUGUCACCUCUGUGCCCACUUUGCCGUAUGCCCUUUGACCCAAAAAAGGUGGAAAAGGCCUCUAAUGUGGAGAAACAGCUUUCUUCGUAUAAGGCUCCCUGUCGGGGAUGCAAUAAAAAGGUGACUCUGGUGAAGAUGCGGACUCAUAUCUCUUCCUGCAGUAAAGUUCAAGAGCAGAUGGACAACUGUCCAAAGUUUGUACCUGUUGUUCCUACUACACAGCCCAUUCCCAGUAAUAUUCCAAACCGUUCCACAUUCGUCUGCCCAUACUGUGGAGCACGAAACCUUGACCAACAGGAACUAGUUAAACACUGCAUGGAAAAUCAUCGCAGUGAUCCCAACAAAGUGGUAUGUCCAAUUUGUGUGGCAAUGCCGUGGGGAGAUCCAAGCUACAAGAGUGCCAAUUUUCUCCAGCACUUGCUUCACAGGCACAAGUUCUCCUAUGAUACAUUUGUGGAUUACAGCAUUGAUGAAGACGCAGCAUUACAUGCAGCAAUAGCACUGUCACUUACCGAGAAAUGAAGCAGCUAUCUGCACAGAGAUCUAAGUGGACAUCCUUUGUACAGGUUAACUUCUCUCUCCUGGGCAAAGGGUAUCAAUUUCCCAGUAUUCUGAAGGGUACUGUCAUCCUCUGCACAAGUCACCUUUUCUCAUCUGAGCAAAAGUAAUGUCCUCUCCCAGCAUUCAGUAAGGUGCUGUCAUCCUCUGCACAGGUCCCUUCUUUAUGUGUACAGAGGAAAUGUUGACUUCUUAGCAUUCUGUAGGGUACCGUCAUUUUCUGUAUAUCUGGGGAAAUAUCUUGCCCACUUGCAAGUAUUCAGUAGGACACUCCCAUGCUCAAUACAAGUUAGCUUCUCACACUUGAGCACAGAUCAUGCUCACUUCCCAGCAUUCUGUAGGGUUAUUGUAGCUCAGCCAGUCACAACCUCUACUUUUUUUUAAAACAUCACUCGUGUAUGUCUGGAUAUAUUGCGUAUAAAUUUAUUCACAUUUUUCUAUAUUGUUGGGGGAGGGAGUUAAUGUAAAAGGGAUGUUUGACUUAAAGUGUGUGUUUAAUUUUUGGGUCACUUGUGGAUUUUAAAUUAUGAAAGAAUAUUUUAAAACUGGUGCAGGUGGAAUAGAAAAUGAGAAUUGAGUGAAGGAAUCUUUCAUGUGCCACAUAUCAUUUAUUUUUCUGCAAAUCAGAGCUCGAAUUUUAGUUGAUUGCAAAUUUAGUGAAAGCAGUAUUGAUUUUGCAUGUGUAUGACAUAAAUUUGUCUCUAUUUAGCUAUCUGCCAUGGAAAACUUUUUCCCUCUUACAUACUGAGCCUUCUAGCUGUUAUCUCAUUGAAAAGCUGGUAGACAAUUAUUGGUUGAUGACACCAUGUAGAUGACACUGUGGUAGAGUCAAUGUACAUGAUUUGCAAGGUACUACAGACCUGUUUAUUUUUAAAUGUUUAUUUAAUUCUGAGACGUAACUGUGUUACCUAAUUCCCUUGACUGAAGGUAUCAGUAAUUUCCAAGAUUUUAAUGGUGGAUGUUUGUCUAAUCCUGACUCAAAAAGUGGAGUUUAUGAAUACUAAUGAAGCUCUCAAGAAUUGAUAUAAAACUAAUGAUUCAGGAACCUGCAGGAUCUAUUGGAUAAUUGAAAUGUCUCUUCAUUCAUGAUAUUUAUGGGAUGCUUGCUCCUAUUCACAGACCAUUUCCCAAUUCCAAGAUAAAUCAGUGCAGGAAAUCCCUAGACUCUUUGAAAUUACACAUAGAAGGUACAUACAGGAUUAAAUAUGCUUGAGGUGCUCUUUUUAAAAAAAGAACAAAAUACUUGUGCUGUUCAGCCCAUGUAUUUUGCACUCGUGCUUUUGCCCCAUGGACUGAAUAGCACCUGUGAAUUUUAUUUUUAUGAACACCUCAAGCACAUUUUGUGCUAACAAUUGCUGAGAAAGACUGUAUCUACUGGGUGCACAGCAGAGACAUUCAACAUGUCUGGGCACCUCUGACAACAUUAACGAUCUUAAUCAGGUAGACCCAAAUGUAUGAAGAGACAUGGAGCACAAGAUUUUUACACGUUAUGUUACUGAAUUUUAUCAAAAAUCCCAAGUAUGCCAGAAGUGUACUUCCAGAAAUCUGUUCCCAUUCCUCUUUGUGUAUGAUAUCAAUGUGCACAGAGACCACUGAACACAGCAGCAAAGUAUAAACAGUGCGUCAUUUCUUAUUACAGACAAAAUUCCUUUGUGGAAAUGAGCCUCAUGAAUAGCACAGGCCUUGCACUGUGAAACAGGUCUUAACUGGAAAGUUCAGACCUGUUUCAGCAUUAAUUAAGAGCAUCAGAAUCAGAUUUAUAAUCACUGACGUAUGACAUGAAAUUUGUUGUUUUGUGGCAGCAGUACAGUGCAAGACAUAAAAAUCUAUAAAUUACAAAAAUAAGUAGUACAAGAAUAAAAAGGAAUAAUGAUCUGAGGGACUAGAUCUUACCUGAUCUGUUGCUGGGGAGUCAGAGGUACCCAUCAGCUUCCAUGUAUGUCCUACUUAAAAUGGUUUUCUUAUCAUUCACUCUCCCACAUUUGAUGCACUGGUGAGGUCCUUGGAACUCCCAAACAGCUGACUGGCUUGCUUGUCUAAUUGACCCAUUGCUUGUUCACCUGACCCCUGUCAGUCCACGUUCACCAGUCUAUAAGUGACCACCAGAUUGCCUGACUGCCAGACCCCACCAUCACCACUGACCCCAGACCUAUCUUCUCUCCCUUUCUUUACCACAACCCAAUUCUGCUUCUAUCCUUGUCCAAAACUCUCAACCUCCUACCCAGAGUUCAAUUAAUUUCCUCAGCUGCUUCUAGAGAGUUGGUGGAGAAAGGUUUUGGUGCACACAAAGUAGCCUGUUCUGUCACACGGAAGGCCUUGCACAAAUCAGCAUGUACAUCACGGCAAUACUGCUCUAUUGUGCCUUUUCAGGUCCCAUGCAAUUUCUAUUCCAUAAUAUGUAUCCACAAUGUAUUGUUUUUAGUGUCUUUUCACAGUAAUUCCAAUAAAUUUCAUUAAGAUUUAUAAUCUGCAUAAUUCCUAUCAAGCCAAGCAAAUAUCACCUUUUAAAAUAUUGGAAAUUACUGUCCAAAUAUCGAAAUUAGUUGAAUUACUGGUUUGGGUCAAAACAUUAAAUAAAUCCCUUUUUAAAUAAUCGUCUAUUUUCCACAGGAAAUUAAAACAAACUUGUUCUAUCUAAUUUUGUGUCGAUGGGGCUAAGUGUCUUGUAACUGCAUUCCUUGAGCAGAACAACAGGAGGGUGUAAAGGUCAGAAAACAAACACAAAUUUAAAUUGUAUCUUAUUAGCAGAUGGUUCAGUUCUAUUUUAAUUCUCUUCACGAAGGAGGUUUGGCUGACUUGCUGUGUUUUUUCUUCCAUUUGUGAGGUACAUAGUCUUGUUGCUUAAAGAGUAAAAACUAUAUUCUGGACAUCGGACUAUAACUAUCUAAAUGCUAUCAGCAAAUUACCAAAGAAUACAGUGUUGGCCAGUUAACAUUAGUGAACCCAAAGCUCUGGUUUAUGCUUAAAAGCUUGCAGGUAUGUGGAUGCAUAAAUGGGGAUUAUUGCAGCAGUGUGUGAAUGUACACACUUUAAGCUCCAAUGCAGAGUGUCAGCAGAUGUGUUGCUGUUUUACCUGAGCAAAGUUUAGUUUCAUGUAUGUAGUUAAAGACAGACAUAAAAACUAUGGAGCGUAACAUCAGAAUGUGUAUAAAUUAGCUUGCAGACUAAAUCUAAUCAAUUCUUGUUCUGUGGAUUAGGACAGAAUGAUCCCUAACAGUCCAGGCUCUCCAGAGAUGUUCUUCAUAUAUUUAAAUCAGAAGGAUGGCUCCUCCAAAACUUAACCAGAGCUCACACUUUUCCAAAGGUCCCAGACAUAUUUUGUAUGAAUCUCCGGUAAGGGCAGCAUUUACUGUCCAUCCCAAAAGGUCAGGGUGUUGUUUUAUGAGGCAGAACUUUGAUGGAAGCUCAGAAGAGAAAACCUUCAGCUGCUGUUAGACCUUGAGCUUUUUGGGGCCAGAAGGAUAGCUCUUGGGUAAAGCUGCCACUGUGAGUAUGACAUCCUUGUGGUUAACCAGCUCUCAUCCUAUUUCUGUCUUAGUCUCUAGCGACUAGUAGUAAAAGUCUCUCAGGAAAUUAUUGUUUACACCUGAGAUUGAUUGAUUGGUUUUGGUUGUGUGCCCUUGUUCACAUUGAUAAACGUGUGUAAUGUUGUGUGAUAGGACAUGGGUGAACUUCAGACGUUGCAUCUUUAUACUAUUUGAUAACAUAUUCUAUUCUCAUCUUAUCAUUCUUUGAGUUACUUCUGCAAUAUUCCGUGUGCUUUAUUUUACAGAUAGGGAUACAUCCACGUCAAUUUGCAUUUACUUUGUGCCACAAGUGGCUCAUAAUUCCUCUAAAUUUUCCUUCCUCUUUGACUUGUUAAACCAGUGAUGGAAAUGAAUAAAAAAAGCUUAAUUGUCACAGUAAAUGCCACAUCUUCACCAGCUUUAUUUGUAACAUUGUGGAUACGAAUUCACUGGGCAAUGAAGAAUAUUACCAGGAUUUUUUUUUUGUUGUUACUCUUGUCAUAAUUUAAUUCUUGUUGCCAAGGUUUACAGAAAGGUGUUAUCCAGUCCAACCAUUGUUGUGAUCCCUACAAGUGCAGGUCUGGUGAAAGUUCUUGUUCAUUUACAUGAUUACCACAUCAGCUGUUGAUUUUGUAGUGAUUCAUAUGUGUGAAAACUUGAGUUGAAACUCCAUCACCAGAAAAAGUUCAUAGAUUUUGGGUUCAUUUUCAAUAAUCCUACACCACCACACCAACGUAAGUGACAAAUUAAGCUUGCUUUGUAAUGGGUUUUAAGUGUAAAUUAAUAAUGCAUUCCCUUUGAUGCAAAUGAAAAACAAUGCUUUAACAUAGCAAAAUGGCCCACAAUAUUUCAUACUAUUCACACCCUGCUGCUAUUUAACAAUCAGUAAUUUUUUUGAAGAGUAGGCUCAGUUGUUGGUCAGUGUAAAAAGAACAAUGACGAAUUCUCAUUCUGGUCUUAUAAUCUGUAAAUAUAAAAUAUACUUAUUAGAUUCAUGCCAUGUGUGUUCAAGGAAGAGGAAGCUAGAAAAUAAUUAUUGUGAUUGCUAAAGAUGGCUUAAGAAGAUUGAGUUUACCACACAAACUCAUCAGAGGAAUAUCUUGUUGGCUAAUGACUGAUUUAGCCAAGUUAACUUCAUAUAUCCCUCUGACAGGUCAUGAAGAGAUUACUAGCUUAUGAACAGUAUUUAAUAUUUGUACAAACAUUCCAGGUACAGCAGAGAUGAAUGGCCAUAUCAUGGUCCUUUCUUUAUUGAACUUUGUCUUGGAUUUAAAAGCCCUGCAUAAUUAAAUUUUUUUUGCUGUUUUGGCAAAUGUUCUAUUUUAAUUAAACUCACUGUUAAUAAUACGUUUGAAGCCAUCCUACACGAAAGGAAACUUUCUGGAUGAUCUUUGCAUGAUUGCCUAAUAUGUGAGUUUUUGUAAGCCAAUAUUUAUUUUCAUAUAAUAUAAUCCACAAUUAUUCCUUGGUGCUACACUUUACUGAUUCCUGACUUAUUUGAAAAAAAAAAUUGCUAUUGAUGUUUUAUGUUUGCUGUUUUGUUUUAUUCAUUUCAUUUCAAUUUCUCUCCAGUUCAUAAACCUGCCUUUGCAGUUCUAACAACCUUGUUCUUUUUGCAGGCAAUGCAUAUGCAAAUAUGCUGGUAGCCAACCUUGUGCUUAUGUAUUCCUAUAUUGUGCAUGGAAAAUCUUUUUCAAGGUCCAAAUCUUGAACAUGCAUGGUAACAAUUUUUGAUCACUGUGAAGGCAGGAGAUCUUUGCCGUGAAGUUAAUGAGGAUGGGAGAUGGUUCUUAAAUACAUAACUCCCAAUGGUUACUGAGAGCAGACAUUUCUUGAUUUCUGUUUUAAAUGCAGUACAAAAUGCUUAUGGUGUGAUUCGGGGAAUCAGUUUAUCAUGGCUAGAUUUGUUUCAUUGUGCAGGUGGUGUUUUAAGGAAAACAGAACAAGUGAGGUUAAAUGCAAAUAAGAUUAGCCGUGAUUUAAAUGAAUGGCUGACAUGCUUGGGGAAGUAGCUAAUUUCCAUUCCCAUAUUUUUGUUUCCAAACUAAAACUGUGAUGCUUGAAAUUUCAGAUCUUGGAUUUGCAGAGUACGGGCUAGUAAAUCCUAACUGUAUAACCAACUGAUUAGAAAAAUACAGUGUGGCAAGGAGACUUCACAUAAUGAAAUUCGAGCUCUGAAAACAUUUGUUUUAUUGUAUUACCAUCUUCUUGCCUUUUACAUUCUAUAAAUGUAUAAUGCCAUCCUGAGCCAUUCCUUAUCAUCCAAUUCUGGGUGGUGAAUCUUUUGUCUCCUUAUUGUUUUGAAAUAACAUUAUUCUUGUAUGUUCAAGGGAUAACACAAAAAUCCAGUUAGAUAAAUGUGAGCCAGAUAAAUCAUUAUAGCAGGAUUCUUCCACAUAAAGAAGUGGCUGAACCAAAAAAUUCGAAGCAUGUGCUGAGUUAAUAUAUAUUUUAAAAGCAACCGACAGGGUAGUUAUUGGGAAGAGCAACUAAACCCAUAUUUGAAAACCAUUGAGAGCAAUUUGCUAUGAUUUUAAAUGCCUAUGCUCCACUUUACCUCUAGUUGCAGUUAGAAAUGAGUGAAAGGAAGCUAAUCUUUGUCCUCAUGACAUUUGCAGUUAGUCACCUGAGGUCUAUCAUCUUCAGCUCAUCAGAGAUAUCAGUAGUCUCAGCUGUGGAUAGACUUGGUUUCAAGAAGCGUGGAAUGAACAUUCUAGUUGCAAUAAAUCUUGGAAAGGUUUUUCUGUACUGUUUUAGGACAGAACAUUUUCUGAAGAAAUUUUGUAGUGCUUAACAAGAAGGGAGAAUUCAGCAAUCUAGGUGAUUAUGAAAUUUGCACUUGGAUAGCAGGAACCAAAAAUCCAGAUAGCUGGCCAAGUUUCUAAGACUCAGACUCUUGAAAAAUGUUGUAUUUUGGUUUGCAGUGGAGUUACAGAAAGAAAAAAAUGUAACCUUAAACUGUGACAGAAAACAUUAAUUCUGCUCCAUUGUUUAAUCCUCAACUAACAGAGCACAAGUGAAAACUUCCAGUUCAUCAUUUUUAAAAAAAAGUGAUUUCUGAUGUAACAGUGAUAUUAGAGUGUGAAAAAGAUUUAAUUAAUGUGCGAGAUCAGUGUUUGAAACUGUUCGGAUCACCAGUAGAACUUGCUGGUGGCUUGGAGUUUGUAUUUGCAAAUAUACAGGUAUACAAGAUAAGUUAUAUUUCUUCUAUAUCUUAAGUUAUUAAAGUUAAAUUUAUAUUUAAUUUCUUUGGGCAUUACUUUUUUGGCUUGCAGCACACUAGCAAAAAUGAACAUGGUUAUUAGUUACCAAUAAACUUUGCUAGCUGCUAAUCUUUAUCUUCAACACUGUAGAUUGUAUCUGAAUAGGAAUUGUAAUGUUAAAAAGAUUCUUCCCAUUGUUUUGACUUUUCAAUUAGACAUGCAAUUUUGAAUUUUAAAUUGGCUUCAAUGAUAUUUUAAAUUUACAAUUUCUUGUUAAUGUAAGCCAAGUUCCAAUACAUAAGCAUGUAAAAAUUGUUAAAAGUUAUCCAUCAGGGACUGGCCAAUGAUGAUAAUCAAGCUGUUGAUUUCACUGAGGCAAGGCCACUGAGCUAGUUUUGGUGUGAUUUCCUCACUUAUCAUUCCGGUUCAGUUAUAAUCCUCCUACUGCAGAGGCGUGAGAUGCAGAUUCCACAUUCUUCCAUCAAGCAGCAAAAAAUGAUUAUAGAAAUCUUAUGCUAAACUGUAAAACAAACCUUGUCUAAUUUUCUAAUAUUUUUAAUGUACUACAGUGCACAUUUUCAAACUAGUUUUUUAGGAAUUGUUUGUUGCUGUGUGAAGUUAGUGUGUACAUUUGGACAAUUUGUAAAUAAAAUUUUGAU